UGCUGUACAAAUGGGAGAGAAGAUUCAUUAACAGCUGAUUCUAGAAGGAAACUCUUUGCUGUCAAGGGACAAAGACAAAAGAGACAAAACGUUUGAUCUUUUCUUUAAAUUGUUACAUUAGUGGAUGUUUCCAUCAUUUUGUCCAUCCUCUAGUGUACACCAUCACAAGGCUAUAUUGUAUCGCUCUCAGUCGUGGUACUGCGAGCCCUCCAUCAACACAUGGCAGUCAGAAUUUAUCGAGCGGCAGCCAAUGGGAGCGCUCCUUUUAGGGCGAGCCUCCGUCGCACUCAGCCAAUCGGAGAAGCGGGAUAGGACCCGUGCCUCCGAGUUGUGCUGCGAUGCAGUCACGUGACGCUGGGAAAAGGAAUGCCAACAUGGACCCGUGGCAAGGACGGGAUGUAAGUGUGCUACGGCAAUAACACGACGGAGGAGCAAAGAAAACACGAAAAUAUUAAAAGCCAUCGACGGCGCUGCUUUUCUGCACCGAGCAUCCUCCGAACCACACACGGUUUUUGCAACCCCACUUCUGGAUCGUGUUUCCUGAACAUCCUCUCCUCUGCGUUUGGCCUGGAUCAAUGGUGUCUCUCAGCAGCAGAACGCUGAGUUUGGACAAUGACCUGUUCAGAGACAGCAGCAGCCUGUUCUCCCUCGACCUGGGAGACGGAGCCCGCAGCGAGGGGGGCAGUUCGGCCUCCUGCGACAGCCCCGAGGCCGGCGAUCUGGGAGCUAACCACAGCCCUGGAGAGGAGGAAGAUGAGGAGGAGGAGGAGGACGACGAUGAAGACGAGGGGGCGCGUCUGCAUAUUUUUCUUGGAGCAGAAGGAGAAGAGGGACCUGCGAGUCAGGAGCCUAAGCUGCCAGAUUUCCCUUUCCACCCCUCUUCCCCUUUCUCCCCGACCCUGGAGGACAUCGAGGAGUUCUUGAGGGAAAAGAUGGAACUGGUCAAAGAGGGACUGCUGAUCCCAAAAGAGGAGGCCUCCCCUGUGCCAUGCAGUGACUCUCCACCCUCCACUGCACCCCCAGCUGCCUCCUCAGAGACUUGCAGUGACCCGGGCACUAGUACCUCCAAUUGCACUCCAAGCCCAGAGCAGAACACACAAAUUAACCCCAGCACAGCUGACCCUUCCCCUUCUGCCCAAGUUAACCCCUCACCAUCCACCUUAACCCCGCCUAUGCUCCUGGGUGGUCCGCUGGUUCUCCAACUCCAGCCCCUACAUCUGGCCCAGCCUCAGACCCCAGCAGGCUCUCCUCCUGGGACCCAAAGUGGUAUUUGGCUGACUCAUCUGGUCAUGGGGCUGCAGGGUGGAACAGGACAAAAUCUCACCCUGCUGGCCCCACAGGUGCCCUCCACUCCCACCACCUUGUUAUCACUAAACAGUGGAGAUACCAAGUCAGCUGACCACAAGUACGUGAAGAUCGCCCCUCUGCCCAUCACUAUGAGGACUCUAGAGAUCACGGGCGUGGCUGGGGUUGGGGCCCAGGGCAAUGGUCUGUUGAAGGCUGUGGCCCCCCGGGUGACCCGAGUGCCGCCUACAGAGAGGGUCCAUAAGUGCUCCCACCCAGGCUGUGGGAAGAUGUACACCAAAAGCAGCCACCUGAAAGCUCACUUCCGCCGACAUACGGGGGAGAAACCCUACACGUGUAGCUGGCCUGAGUGCGGCUGGAGGUUCUCCCGUUCUGACGAGCUGUCUCGCCACCGCCGCUCCCACUCCGGCAUCAAGCCAUACGAGUGCUCACUGUGCGAGAAGAAGUUCGCCCGCAGCGACCACUUGUCCAAACACACGAAGGUCCACCGCAGCUCCAGGCCCAGCAGGAUUAUCAAAGCCACUGUGUGACGCCUUCAGCUGGCCCUAAAGCCUGCACCCACCCAGCCUGGCCUGGCUUUGAGCAGGGGGGUCCGGGACUCCCUCAGGACUUUUGGUGCUUCACAAGCAGAACUUUCAGAAGAAUCUUGAGAGACGCCUGCUCUUGUCCCCUCAUAGUUUCCUUCCUUUCUCUCCUCCCUGCUGUUUAUAUUUCACUUAUACUGAGCGAACCGCCACCUCAGGAAAAACUCAGCUGAAAGUGGAUUUCCUGGCCUUCACACACACACACAGACAAAGA